AUGAAGUACAAGCUCACUGCAGUAUUGAAAAUCCACAACAACUGGAUAAAGUCGCUGGAUGUGGAUCCUUAUGAUACAUUCCUUGCGUCUUCAUCCAUGGAUGGAACAACAGGAAUAAUAGAUAUAGAAACAAAGCAACUUUUGGCCACUGUUCCCUUGAAAGAGAUUUGCGAGGAGGUUAAGUUUAGCAAGAUCCAUCCAUAUGUUUUUUGUGCUUUACUUGGCGGAUUGAUCAAGUGCUACGAUCUUGUCGAUAGAGAAUUUAUAAGAGAAUACUAUGGACACAUGUCCUCUGUUCUGUGUCUGGACACAUACGACAGAAGAAUCUUCAGUGGGUCCUCCGAUUGCACUAUAAGAGUUUGGGACAUCAGGGCAAGAGAUAGCGUGUCAGUCAUGAAGGGGCACAGACUCCCUGUUACCCGCGUCAUGUUCAACAACGGAUCCAUUUACAGCUGCUCAAUGGACGGAAGCGUAUGUCUUUGGGAUGAGAGGAAUAAUAGAACCGCAAUAGCCGGGUUUGCAUCAAAUGUGACUUCGAUGUGUCUGUGCGGCAAUUCACUGUUUGCCUCUUCUGGAAAGAAUGUAUUUGAGUGCAAGGAUGUGCCACACAAGGUCAGAUUAGCGUCAAAUGGCCUGUCAUUGGAGGGCUAUAGCGAUGACUACUAUUUAGUCGGUAGCGAAAAGUGCAUUAUCAUGAAGUCAAGGACGGAAGACAGACCUAACUAUCAAUUUGGAAUAAUAGGGCCUGGAAGUGUCUUAAGAACUACAAGUAGCAAGACGAAAAUAAUAAGCGGAGGGACAGGUAAAAAUAUAGAGUUUCUGGAAAAAGAUGAACAUGUUUAA